CGGUGAUGUUCACACAGAUGCUUCAGAGUGCAGCAGACAUUUGCUGCUCCACGUUCCUCUCAGAGCUCUGGUUGGUAACUCCAUCAGGCUGGAGGGAGGCCUCGGGUCCGGUCUGCUGAGGAAGAUUUCUUCCAGGAGAUCUCACAGGCGGAACAACAGCCCCCGACCCCAGGAAGCCGAUGACAUGGGGGGGAGUGGUGAUGACAGCCAGCCAGGGAGGCUAAGCCGCAGGUUUUCUCGUCUGAGCAGCAGACAUCAGUCCAGAGACCCUCCGAGACCUCCACCUCAGCCAGAAAGACCUCCACCUGCUGCUCCAGUACAACAAGAUGACAGGCCUUCUCCACCACCUCCCGCUCUACCCCAGGUUCAGGCUUCAGCUCCAGCCCCGGCCCCUCCCCCCCUUCCUCUGGAAAUGCCCCCAAAGCGCCCAGACAAAUCCACUAAGCCCAAACUUCCUCCUAGGCCGCUCAGUAAGGUGUUCAGCAGCACUGAGCAUGGAGCUGCUGUGCUGCAGGGCUGUGAUGUUUUACGAGCAGAUGAGACUCUCUGUGAUGUUGUUUUGGUUCCUGGAGACAGCAAAGAAACUUUCCCUGUCCACAGAGUCAUCAUGGCGUCAUCCAGUGACUAUUUCAAGGCCAUGUUCACUGGAGGCAUGAGGGAGCAGGAGAUGAGAGAGAUCAAGCUGCACGGCGUCACUAAGUUGGGUUUAAAGAACAUCAUAGACUUCAUUUACACAUCUAAAGUCAGCCUGGACAUGGGGAACCUGCAGGACACGCUGGAGGCUGCAAACUUCCUGCAGGUCAUGCCUGUUCUGAGCUUCUGUAACCAGCUGCUCAGCAGUGAGAUCACCAUUGAUAACUGUGUGGAGGUCGAGCACAUCGCCACUGAUUUACACCUGGAGGACGUAAUGCUCAAUAUAAGUGAGUUUGUGAGUCAGAACCUGGCAGCAUUGAUAGAAAGCGGCCGUUACCUCCAGCUCUCUGAAACCUCGAUGGCCAACGCUCUGUCUAGUAACUCUCUGGGGGGUUUCACUGAGGUGGAGCUCUACAACAUUGCCAGAGGAUGGCUGGACCAUGACCCUCCUAGCCGCCGCUCAUCUGUCUAUGCUCUAAUGCGUCACAUUCGCUUCCCACUGAUGAGCCCUGGUGAGCUGAUCCAGAUCUCCCAGGAUGAUGAGGAGGAGGGAGCGGACUCCAUGAUGCGCUCUGAGACUUCCUGUGUCAACCUGCUGCUGGAGGCCAGCAACUACCAGAUGAUGCCUUUCAUGCAGCCGGCUCUGCAGACGGAGAGGACACAGAUACGCUCAGACGCCACGCACAUUCUGGCUCUGGGAGGUGUGAUGAGACAGCAGCUGGUGGUGAGCAGAGAGCUGAGGCUGUACGAUGAGAAGACGGGCCACUGGAGGGCCCUGAAGCCCAUGGAAGUGCCACGUUACCAGCAUGGAGUGGCUCUUCUGGGAGGCUUUCUCUUCAUUGUUGGAGGUCAGAGCACUUACGACACCAAAGGUAAGACGGCCAUCGACAGCGCUUACCGCUACGACCCACGCUUCGACAAGUGGCUUCAGAUCACUUCACUCAACGAGAAGAGGACAUUCUUCCACCUGAGUGCUCUGAAAGGGAAACUGUACGCAGUCGGAGGGAGGAACGCCUCAGGAGAGAUUGAAUCGGUGGAGUGCUACAACCUGAAGAAAAAUGAGUGGACGUUUGUGAACAACAUGGUGGAGCCUCACUACGGACACGCUGGAACAGUUCAUGGAGAUUUCAUGUAUAUCUCAGGUGGUAUCACUCGUGACACGUUCCAGAAAGAGCUCUGGUGUUACGAUCCUGUUGCUGACACUUGGAACAAACGAGCUGACAUGAUGGAGCUCCGUGGGCUUCACUGCAUGUGCACCGUAGGGGACAGACUCUACGUCAUGGGUGGGAAUCACUUCAGAGGCAGCAGCGACUACGACGACGUCCUGAGCUGUGAAUAUUACAGCCCAGAGAUGGAUCAGUGGACUGUGGUGGCGCCAAUGCCUCGGGGCCAGAGCGAUGUCGGUGUGACGGUGUUUAACGGGCAGAUCUACGUGGUGGGAGGGUAUUCCUGGAACAGCCGCUGCAUGGUGGAUAUUGUGCAGAGGUACGAUCCAGAACAGGACAUAUGGGACAGGGUGUUCAACGUGCUAGAGCCUCUGGGGGGAAUCCGGGCCUGCACGAUGACAGUUCAUCUGCCAGAGGGGUCUGUGGAUGAGGCUCAGAUACAGGACUGUCCUCUGCCCACUGCAAAGAGCUGAUAGAGACAUGAGGGGGUUGCUAUUUUUGCUUCUUACUGACAAGUUGGGUUCUCAAGUUUGUGUAUCCCUGACAAAAAUGGGGUUUAAAAGAAGCAUAGAAUUUGUGGGUUGCAAGCACAAAAUGCAGGUUUGAGAAUGGUUACCUAACUGAAAUAAUCCUUUAAAAGUUCUUCUAACAUUUUACCAUCUUUAAGUGCGUCUUCCAUCCUUCUGUUGCAUUAUUCUUGCUCUUAUAUUCUUGUUCUUCUCAAGCUUCUUUACUUUUCUUUAACACCAUUAUAUCCUGUUGUUUGUUAGGUGACACUCUCAGCAGAUCAACUUUAAGGUAAAGCUGCACACAUGUAAGAUAAGAUCAUUCACCAGACAUGAGGAGUUUCCAGUUUCUGAUUGUGUCUGAUCAGAAAUGGAGUGAGAAGAAAACAAAACAGGAAACUAGAUAUAAAAAAUAAAGGCUAACUAGCUACUGCCCACAGGAGAAGUGUGACAUUAUAGGGGCCUUUUUUAAUAAUUUACUGUUUUUAAACUAUAUUUUGAGACUCAAUGAGCCUUAUUACCCACGUCGAUGAAAUCGGCAGGGGGUUAUGUAAAGGGUUCCGUAUCUUUGUUUGUUUGUUUGUUUGUUUGUUUGUUUGUAUGUCUACAAGAUAACUCGGAUCUUCACCAAACUUUCAGGGAAUACUGGGAUAGUGACAGGGAAGAAACAAUUAGAUUUUGGUGAUGAUCCACGCACCCGUUCAAUUUUUCUCAGACUUCAAAAUUUUGAACACCAUAGUAAUCAAUGGGAGCGUGAGUUCCUCGGUGGCGCUGCUUAGGCAUGGGUCUUCCGCCUCAGACGGCCAUUCUAGUUUUCAUAAUCGGUGUAUCUCUGGCUUUUAACCAUUUUUAUAAGCAUUUUCAUCCCUUUAGCCGUGCAGCAUCUUUCCUGCUCAUGUGUUUUUCCACUCUGCAUUAGUAUGAAACCCAUUCUCCUUCGUAAAUUAUCCAGCAAUUCCUUCUAAUGAAACUUAAAUUGGACAUUUUCGCUGUCUGGAUUCAACCAGAGCUGGAGCCAUGUAGAGCUUUAUCCUGCCUGUGUAUAUAAAGCCUGACAGACAGUUUUAAGAGGGUCUGAAGGCAAUGACUUGUCUGGUGACACACCAGCCAAGAGGAAUAAACUGAAGCUUCUUUAUGCCAUUAUUGUUAUUUUGAUCCGUUUUGACGGUAAUGGAGUUCUGUAGCUGCAUAACAGCACAUGAUCUGGGACGAAUUGGGAUUUUGUGACCUUUAAAUUUAGUCUGUAACUAACAAAGAGUCACAUUCAUUACAGUCUGAUCAGAGGGAACGAGCUGAUGAGAAAUGACCAAAACUAAACAUGUGUUUAGGUCUUAUCAAAGUUAGCCAUCUUAACAUUAUCAUCCCAAAAGAUGAACUUGCCAGACAAAUAACCAUCAUUUUCCAUGAAGCUUCUGAGUUGCUGUACCUUCUUAUAAUAUCA